CAUUCACAAUAGCGAUGUGAAAUGUCAUACUGACAGUUGAAUCGUAUCCAAAACAAACGAACAACGUGCGUGCUGAUCGAAUGAAGUUCAAACAAUAAACACAAUGGUUCGAGUGAAAUACAGAUACGUGGUGGUCAAAGUGGAACCACAAACAGCAAUUGCCGGCAGCAUUUCGUUUUCCGACAGCGCUCUUUAUUCAUCCAUCACCAAAUCGGUGCUGAAAUACUACGGAGAUUUGGGCGCAGCUUCAAUUCGAUUUGGAUUAAAGUGUAAAUACUGCAAUGAUCGGACUAGGAUCGCAAUCGUUCGUGUGAAACAUCGCAUCCAUCGAUUCGUAACCAGCAUUUUACCAUUGACAUCAGUUCUCGGCGAGCAUAUUGUAAAAUAUCGCAUUCUUUACAACGGCGCUACCAUAAUGCAAUGCAACAAAUUCAUUGUGGAAUACCAAAAGAAGUACUUGGACCAACAAGUAGGCACAAUCGCUUCGGCCAAUCAACGAAAUAAACUAGUCCAAAAUGUGAUGGAAAUUUCAACCGUCACGAGAUAGUCAGCCGAUUUUUGAGAUUCAUUUUGAUUAUGUAGCUUCAAGUCUGUUGUAAGAAUUUCGAUUUUGCUUUGGAAAUUUAAACGAUUCUCUUAUGAAUAAAUUUAUUUCAGAUGAAAUCUUUUUAAUGUG